GAGGCGGGCUCUUCCCGGGCUGCGGCGGCGCGGAGCUGUCAGAGGAAGUCCAAGGCCUGCUCCGGCCAGCGCUACCCUGUGGACGUCGGGACUUGGGAGGCCGGGCGGCCCGGGCCCGGAGGCGACGGCGGUGGCUGGAGCCCCCGUCCGGAGCGCCAUAUGAGACGGUUUAAGCGGAAGCAUCUUACAGCCAUCGACUGCCAACAUUUGUCUCGAAGUCACUUGGCUGUGACCCAGCCCUUCGGUCAAAGAUGGACAAACAGAGACCCGAACCAUGGUCUCUAUCCUAGACCCAGAACAAAAAGAGGGACUAGGGGUCAAGGAUGUCAAAGGUACAUCACUGAAUUCUUCCCAGCUGGCCAGCGGCGGUGUACCAAUGACAUGGCUAAAAGCAAUUCUGUGGGCCAGGACAGCUCUAAGGACUCAGAGAGUGAAAUGAUGUUUGUUACAGAAAGCAAUUGUGCCCUCUCUCAGGAAGAUGAUGGAGAAGCAAGACUGGGCUCGUCAGGCUCUGCUCUGCUGGUAAGGAAGCGCUCUCGGUCCUUUGAGGAUGAGAGGAAUCAAGCUACAGGGACCAGUCACUGGCAUGGGGUUUCUAAAAAACCCCCACAGCAUUAUUUGCCCCUGUCCUGCACAAAGGCCAGGGAAGCUAGACUGGAAGCAGAGGGCUUUUUGUCAUGGCUCUCUGCAGAGACUGAAGAACCCAGCCAAGAAGUGGAGAACAUGGAUCAUGAUCCCAUUCCUGACUCUUACUAUGGACUUCUUGGAACCUUGCCCUGCCAAGAACCCCAGAGCCAUAUCUGCAGCCUUCCCAGCGAAGUCCUAAGGCACAUUUUUGCUUUCCUCCCUGUGGAAGAUCUCUAUUGGAAUCUGUGCUUGGUGUGCCAUCUUUGGAGGGAGAUAAUUAGUGAUCCACUGUUCAUUCCUUGGAAAAAGCUGUAUCAUCGAUACCUGAUGAAUGAAGAGCAAGCUGUCAGCAAAGUGGAUGGCAUCCUAUUGAACCAGGGUAUUGAGAAAGAGUCGGAUCUUUGUGUGCUGAACCUCAUCCGCUAUACAGCCACCACUAAAUGCUCCCCAAGUAUGGAUCCUGAAAGGGCACUGUGGAGUCUGAGGGAUCACCACCUCCUUCCUGAGGCAGAGGCCUGUGUGCGUCAACACCUCCCUGACCUUUACAUCACUGCUGCAGGUGUCAACGUGUGGGCUUUGGUAGCAGCCAUUGUUCUCCUCUCCAGUAGUGUGAAUGACAUCCAGCAGUUACUCUUCUGCUUCAGAAGACCAAGCUCCACUGUGACAAUGCCAGACAUCACUGAGACCUUAUACUGCAUCGCCGUGCUUCUCUAUGCCAUGAGGGAGAAGGGGAUCAACAUCAGCAAUCGGAUUCAUUACAACAUCUUCUAUUGCCUGUAUCUUCAGGAGAAUUCCUGUACUCAGGCCACAGAAGUUAAAGAGGAAACAUCGGUUUGGCCAGGCAGGAAAACAACCAUCCAACUUACACAUGAACAACAGCUGAUUCUGAACCAUAAGAUGGAACCUCUCCAGGUGGUAAAAAUUAUGGCAUUUGCAGGCACUGGGAAGACAUCUACCUUGGUCAAGUAUGCUGAAAAGUGGUCUGAGAGCAAGUUUCUUUAUGUGACAUUUAACAAGAGCAUCGCAAAGCAGGCCGAGCGAGUCUUCCCCAGCAAUGUCACCUGCAAAACCUUUCACUCCAUGGCGUAUAGACAGGUUGGGCGGCAGUACCAGUCAAAGAAGAAAUUGAAUCUCUUCAAGUUAACACCCUUCAUGGUCAAUUCUGUCCUUGCUGAAGGGAAAGGUGGAUUCAUAAGGGCCAAGCUAGUGUGUAAGACUUUAGAAAACUUCUUUGCCUCAGCUGAUGAUGAGCUGACUAUUGACCACGUACCUAUUUGGUGUAAGGACAGCCACGGACAGAGAGUCAUGGUUGAACAGAGUGAAAAACUGAACAGUGUUCUUGAAGCAAGCCGCCUUUGGGACAACAUGCGGAACCUGGGGGAAUGCAAAGAAGAGGCUUACCAAAUGACUCAUGAUGGCUACUUGAAACUCUGGCAGUUGAGCAAGCCUUUGCUUGCCUCUUUUGACGCCAUCUUUGUGGAUGAGGCCCAGGACUGUACCCCAGCUAUCAUGAAUAUAGUUCUGUCUCAGCCAUGUGGGAAGAUCUUUGUAGGGGACCCUCACCAGCAGAUCUAUACCUUCCGUGGUGCAGUCAACGCUCUGUUUACAGUCCCUCACACCCAUGUCUUCUAUCUCACACAGAGUUUUAGAUUUGGUGUGGAAAUAGCUUAUGUGGGAGCUACUAUCUUGGAUGUCUGCAAGAGAGUAAGGAAAAAGACUUUGGUUGGAGGAAGCCAUCAGAGUAGCAUUAGAGGUGAUACAAAGGGGCAGGUGGCCCUGCUGUCCCGGACCAAUGCCAAUGUGUUUGAUGAGGCUGUACGGGUGACUGAUGGAGAAGUACCUGCAAGGAUACAUUUGAUUGGGGGGAUUAAAUCAUUUGGAUUGGACAGAAUCAUUGAUAUUUGGAUCCUUCUUCAGCCAGAGGAAGAACGGAAGAAACGAAACCUCCUUAUUAAAGACAGGUUUAUUAGAAGAUGGGUGCACAAAGAAGGCUUUGGUGGCUUCAAGAGGUAUGUGACCGCAGCCGAGGAUAAGGAGCUUGAAGCAAAGAUUGCUGUUGUUGAAAAGUAUAACAUCAGGAUUCCAGAACUUGUGGAAAGGAUAGGAAAAUGCCACAUAGAAGACUUGGACUUUGCAGAGUACAUUUUGGGUACUGUACACAAAGCCAAAGGCUUGGAAUUUGAUACCGUUCAUGUUUUGGAUGAUUUUGUGAAAGUGCCUUGCGCCAGGCACAACCUUGCACAGCUGCCCCACUUCAGAGUUGAGUCUUUCUCUGAGGAUGAAUGGAAUUUACUGUAUGUUGCAGUCACUCGUGCCAAGAAGUGUCUCAUCAUGACCAAAUCAUUGGAGAAUAUUUUGACUUUGGCUGGGGAGUAUUUCUUGCAAACAGAGCUGACAAGUAAUGUCUUAAAAACAGGAGUGGUUCACUGCUGUGUGGGGCAGUGCAACAACACCAUCCCAGUGGACACUGUGCUCACCAUGAAGAAGCUCCCCAUCACUUAUAGCAACAGAAAGGAAAACAAGGGUGGCUACCUCUGCCACUCCUGUGCAGAACAGCGCAUUGGGCCUUUGGCCUUCUUGACUGCCACCCCCGAGCAGGUGCACUCCAUGCCACCCACUGUCGAGAACAUAGUGCUGCCCAGACACGAAGCUCUACUUUUCCUUGUCUUCUGAAAGCCAAGAGGAGCAUUCUUCAUGGUACAGAUUUCCUUCUGUGGAUUCCAAUUACUUGAAGAAAGCCAGUGUGGGGUGGGGUUCUCAUUCAUCCGAGACUCUGAGUUCACUCACAGAGCAUUUUUGAGGAAGAUGAAGCCAACCAGAGUUGGACCUGCCAUUUCUCCAUUCCCUAUAGGUGAUCAGUUUCCACUGCCCUCCUCCAUGCACCCAGGGGAUAUGAGAGAUGUUCUUUUGAUUAAAAAAAACCACCACAACAACAUUUUAUGUAUUUAAGCUUUUAUUACAAGGUUUCAAUUAAACAGCCAUUGUAGAACUGACAUACCAAUGUGUGACACCUGCCUUCAGCUCUGUUAUUUGAACUUUCUCCAGCUUUCUCUUUUUUCCACUUUUUCUAACAGCUCUGUCACUGUUCACACAAUCACCAAGUAGAGUAUGAAACUUAAUAUCCAGGGUAUAAUUGCUGCUUCAAAAAAGAGAUUUUCAUGCUGGGGAGAUUCACACUUGUAUAGACAUAGUGUGUGUCUUUGUCAUCACAGGGUUCACAAUUUAAACAGGGAAGCAACAUUAUACAGAAAAGGCAAGCACAAAGGUACAAUAGCUAGACUUCCUGUGUUUCUCACAGGUAGAACCAAGGAUGAGAAAUAUUUGAGAGGGAGUGGGUGAAGGGGGUCAGAGGUAAAAAUAAAAACAGGCAUUACUGAGUAACACCAGAAAAUAGCUUACUAUUAUCUAGUAAUUUGUAACCAAAAGGAAAAAAAAAAUGCUUGAGAGGGAAGCAGAGGGGUCACAGGAGGGAGAAUGGGAGUAGGUAGAGGUGGAAAGUUGGUACCUGGUUCGUAGCCUGGGUAGUCUGGGUAGCUUUAAUAAAGCUAUUAGAGAAAAAAACAAAUGAAAAUUUUACAUCGCUUAGAUGUACACGGAUCUGCUAUUUUUACAUUUUUGCCAUACAGCACUUCAGGGAUGCAGAUGGCAGGUGAGGGAGUUGGCACAGCAUUGCCCAAAGAGUUCACCACACCUAGUGUCUGAGCCAGUCGAGCGGAGUCCAAGAGCAGACCUCAUAGCUUCAGUUGUUGCAGUCUCCCUUUAACUUCUCCGUCAGGCCUCUAGUGGAGCUUAGAUGCGGGCCGGUGAGUACAGCAAGGGUGCUGUUGGAUUGGGCCAGGGGUGCUUGGAAAGUGUGAAUACAAGUCACUGUUUGCAUAUGGAGGAAAAUUCACAGAAUUGGACCUAAAGACAAAUUUAAUGAGAAAGGGACAGGACUCUUUCAUCCACUUGGCUGGUAUUUCAGGCUUAGCCUUAUUUGAUUCUUAUGUGUAACUUGGAAUAAAAGAACAAGGGAAAGGGAAUUAUGUGAAUUUACAUUGGUUACAAUAUUCAUUGUUAUUCAGAAGAAUGGUUUGGGCCCUGACCGGUGUUCUCAGUGGUUAGAGAGCAUCAGCCCGUGCAACAAAGGGUCACAGGUUUGAUUCCCGGUCAGGGGCUCAUACCUGGCUGGGUUUUGGGUUUAUUCCCCGGCAUGGUAGUGGCAUGUACAGGAGCAACCAGUUAAUGUGUCUCUCACAUCAAUGUUUUUCUCUCUCUGUUCCCCGCCCCCCGCUCUCCCUUCCUUCCACUGUCUCUAAAAAUCAAUAGAAAAAAAUAUCGUUGGAUAAGGAUUAACCAAAAAAAGAGUGGUUUGGGGAAGAGUGGCAAGAGAGAGCUCAUUAACAUGUUUCCUGGAAAUCUAGUUUUGCCAACCAGAGAGGAAGCAACUUAUUUAUUGGCGGACAAGUCAUUAACUCAGUGAACUUCACUUAGCACCUGUGGUGUGGCAGUUGCCAUGUUAGUGGGUAUAUGGAAUCAAAAUGCAGUCCCUGACUCACAGAGAUUGCUGUUGGUGUAAUUGUAGUUUGUGGUGAAAAGUGUUAGAGAGGGAGCUGCAUAAGUGCUCUGGGGAUGUGAGGGGUGUCUUUAUCAAAGUCUAGGGCCAAGGGCUGCCCCAAAGAGGGGUACUCUCACUGUGUUUAAUAAUAGGACAAUUAGUGAGCCAGCUAUUAAAGAGGGAAAGAAUAUUCUGGGAAGAAGGAACAACCUGAAGGGCACAAAGGAUGUGUGCGAUAAUGUCACUACAAGAACAAAAUGUCAGCCAGUGCUAGUAUUUUGGUACUUAUUUUGAAAAACAGUAGAAUCUAGGAAUUAGUACUGGUAUUUCAUUUGUAGCCCCAUUUUUUAAAGAAUUUUUAAAAAAAUCAGUAAAACUAAAUACUUGUUGUGUUUCAAAUAGAAAAAGCAAUUUUUAAGUACCCGUAAAAAAUAUACAUAUUUUAAAAAUAAGUGUUAAAUGUCCAUUAUCAUUUUAAUAUAAAUGUUUAGAUGAGAAGAAUAAAAGCAUUACUAAAAAUAUAAAUUAUUAACUACAUGAAUAUGAAAAUCUAUUAGAUUAUUUUUAAGUGUAGUCUUUAAAAUAAGAGGCUCCCAUUAUUUCAUUUAGUUGUGAAUAUACAGGGGUGGGCAGAAGUAUGUUUAUAAUUGUUCAUAUGGAAAAAGACAUGGGUUAUGCUUAUUAUAAGAACUUUAUUACCACUGUUUUGUGUACUCACUACUGUAAAGCAACUUUUGCCCACCCCUGUAUUUUUGUGCAAGAUUUUCUGUAGACUUUUUGUUGUUGUUGUUUUAUAGCCAUAGUAAUUGGGAGAAAAUAAGGAAAAUAAUUAGAAGCUAGUUCCAAAUAUUUUGCUUUGGUUCAAUAAUUGUUUUUAAAUAAUUCCUCUUAAAAAAAGAAGGACACAUAUGUAAUACCCUUUGUAAUACUUUAAGCAAUAAAAAAAUAAAAUAAAAUAAUUCCUCUUAUUUGAUAACUUAGCGGAGAUCUUUUCAAAUGUAAGAAUCUGUAAUACAUUGACAGUAAGUUCUAGUUUUUUGUUUCAGAGAAAGCAUUGUUGAUUUGUCUUUAUCUUUGGUUUUUGUCAUGUAUGUAGAAAUUCUGAUGCAAUUACCCAUAUAAAAAUAGAUAUUAUUAUGUCA